GUUGUUGUUUGACGUUCAACGAGUGCGGUGUUUUUUAAUUUUUCAAUUCUUCAUUCGUUCUCGGUUGAAAUUUUUUUUAAAACUUCUCCACAAUUAUUAAUUCUUCUAUUGUUAUUAGUUUUUUUUUUGUUUGUAACAAAGUGUUUCAAUAAAAAUAAAUAUCAUUAACUAAAAACGUGCGUUAUUUAGAAAAUAGCCAAAAAAAAAAAAAAAAUACAUCAAAAAACCAAUAGAAAAUAUAAUAAUUGCAAAAUCAAAACCUAAAGAAAAAAAUUUCAUUGAACGAAUGUGAUUGCUUUGCCGCCUUUUUUUAUCACAAAAAAUUAGAAACAAAAAUAAAAUAAAUAAAUUAUUUUUAAUAUAGAUUUUAUUUUUGUAUGUAAAAAAGAAAACACAACAACCUCCUACAACUUCUUUACACACACACACAUACACUCUCUUUGCAUGCUGAAUGAGUCAAAAUCGAAAAGAAAAAAAAGAGCAGCAAUAGAGAAUAAAUAUUUUUAUGCUGUGUAGAAUUUUUUUUAGAUAUAAAAUAAAAUAAAAUAUAAAUUAAAGAAAAAAAGCAAAACAAAAAAAACUUUUCCUAUAAAUUUAUUGUUAUUUGUACAUUAAACGUGGAGUGAUUGACUAAGGAAAAGUUAUACAUCAACAGCAAACAAACAAAUAAUAGAAAUAACUACAACAACUACGACAACAAAUAACUGUAACAAAAUAAACUACAAUAACAACAAAAUCUUAUCAUUAUCAACAACAACAAGUAGCCCCCCUCACCUCACCCAAUCCAAACAGAGAAAAUUUUGAAAAAGUAAUAGAAAAAAAUGUCUUUUCGUGUAGUCAGAAGUUCAAAAUUUCGUCACGUUUACGGUCAAGCUUUAAAACGUGAACAAUGCUACGAUAAUAUACGUGUCUCGAAAAGUAGUUGGGAUUCAACAUUUUGUGCAGUGAAUCCAAAAUUUUUGGCCAUCAUUGUUGAAUCGGCAGGUGGUGGUGCAUUUAUAGUUUUACCUCAUAAUAAGGUGGGACGUAUUGCUGCCGACCAUCCACUUGUUGGUGGUCAUAAGGGUCCUGUACUCGAUAUUGCUUGGUGUCCCCACAAUGACAAUGUUAUUGCCUCCGGUUCGGAAGAUUGUGUAGUUAAAGUGUGGCAAAUACCCGAUGGUGGUCUUUCAAGAACUUUAACCGAACCUGUGGUGGAUUUAGUUUUCCAUCAAAGACGUGUUGGUUUGGUAUUAUGGCAUCCCUCCGCUUUAAAUGUUCUCCUAACAGCCGGCUCCGACAAUCAGGUUGUUAUCUGGAAUGUGGGUACUGGUGAAAUCUUAUUACACAUUGAUUCACAUCCCGAUAUUGUCUACAGUGCCUGCUUUAAUUGGGAUGGCUCUAAACUGGUAACCACCUGCAAAGAUAAAAAGAUACGUAUCUAUAAUCCGCGCAAUGGUGAAUUGGAGAGUGAGGCCUUGUGUCAUGAAGGCUCAAAGGCAACGAGAGCAAUUUUCCUACGUCAUGGUUUAAUCUUUACCACCGGUUUUAAUCGUUCCUCAGAGCGACAAUAUUCUCUUAGAGCACCCGAUGCUUUAAGCGAACCUAUUGUUAUGGUUGAAUUGGAUACAUCCAAUGGUGUAAUGUUCCCACUAUACGAUCCCGAUACAAAUCUUAUAUACCUCUGCGGUAAGGGUGACUCGGUCAUAAGAUAUUUUGAAGUCACACCCGAACCACCAUUUGUCCAUUAUAUCAAUACCUUCCAAACACCCGAUCCCCAACGUGGUAUUGGCAUGAUGCCAAAACGUGGUUGCGAUGUCACCACCUGUGAAAUUGCCAAAUUUUAUCGUCUCAACAAUAAUGGCUUGUGUCAAGUUAUUUCCAUGACUGUACCCCGCAAAUCGGACUUGUUCCAAGAGGAUUUAUAUCCUGACACUUUAGCCGAAGAUGCUGCUAUCACCGCCGAAAAAUGGAUUAUGGGUGAAGAUGCUGAUCCCGUCACCUUUUCACUUAAAGGUGGUUAUGUAUCAAAUUCGGGAAACAAAUCGCUGUCGGUGUCCAAGAAGGCCAACAUACUCAACAAAGCAGCAGUGGGAACCUCAAAAAGUGCCAGCACAGCGACAUUGGGCGGUGGAAAUCAUGCUGCCGAUGUUGGUUCAUCCAGUGGGUCAGCGACGGUUAGUGGAAUAACUGAAAAAGAUUUACGUGAUAUCACCGAUGAGAUACGUAAACUUAAGGCGAUUAUUGUUAAACAUGAAAAUCGUAUACGUGCCCUUGAAGCUGCCGUCAGGGCUCAAGAAGAUGAUACCGAUGCUGUAGCCACUAGAAAUGCCAAUAAUAAUGCAAACAGCAAUAACGACACCAAAGCCUCCGAUAGCAAUAAAAAGGACACCAACGACUCAAGCGCCAACGACAAUGGUACUUCGGCUACUGCAGCGUCAGACGAGGCGUAAAUGCUGUUUGCUGUUUCAUCGUUUUUUUAUAUAAACUACUAGUACUACUCUUCUAUCACUACUAUUACUGCUACAAAGUUUGUAGUUAAAUAAUCUAUUACUACCUUUUUCAACUCUACUACAAAACUACUUCAACAAAUUUGUCAACAACAACAACAACUAUAAAGAAACAAUUUUCAAAAGAAAAUAAACUACAAAUUAAAGUAAUAAGUUAAAAUGCAAAGCGUAGGAAAAAAUCAAAAGAAAUGUGCACGUUUUAUCGUGUCUUUCUUUUAUUAUUAUUUUUGUUUUUUUUUAUAAUUAAUUAUAAUUAUUACACAAACCACAAAGAAGAAGGAAAUUA